UCUCUCCGGAGAAGUUGAUGGAGGUGUGGGAAGGAUGACGUAGGAAGUAUCGGCAUUCGGCCCUAACGUAAACAGCCCGCAUAUUUCGGAACAUUCCUAUAGUUUGAGGAAUGCAGACAAAAAUGGGCAGAAAAUAAUGUGGACAGACGAAAAUGGCAGAAUUCACCUGGCAGUUCCACCAAGGCUUUUCAUCGUUCCUGGCGUGGCGUUCAUAGUUGGAGCGACAAUCGGAAUUGUUCGAGGAGGAAGGGCGACUUCUUUACGGUUCCUGGCUGAAAAUGCACAUCGACCACCACGAACAGUGAAGGGCUGGUAUUUUUACAAUAAGACGAAGAACUAUCGAGUAUUGUUAGGCGGAAUGAAAGGGGCAGCAAAAGAAUCGGGGAAAUUAGUGGCAAUUUCUGUGGGAUGGGUAGCAAUCGAAGAAGGACUACGAGUAUUGGGAGGUCCGUGGAAUGAAGUGAAAGAAGUUGGCGCGGGGCUUGGAACAGCUGGAUUAUUUUGUGGAGUUUAUAGACUACCUUUGAAGACAGCAAAACAGACGGUAUUACUUGGAGGACUGAUAGGAGCAGUGGUGAAAGUUUUGGAUUCGGCAAAACAGCGGCUUAUGAAAUUGAAGACGCCAGUUGACGGAGAAUAGAUACUCCACAUAGUGAGAAUAGUACUCGGGCUGCUCCACAUUGAUUAGAACUUUG